CUUGCCGUGACUUUCUUGUUUGAAAUUUAAGUGAUGCGCAUGCGUGUAGCUUCUGCAUUUUCUGUGCCGGCUGCUGUAUGUACACCGGCUCGUUUGCAUGCACGUGCAUUUGUGUAGGUGAACUCCAGACGGGCGGGCGUGUGAACGCGUCUUCCCGAAAGUGUUUCGCGUUUGUUCCCCCUUUGCCCUUCGCGUUUCUCCCGCAUUUCUUUUUCUGCGUUCCUCUUUGCAACGAACAAGCGCCAGGGGGGGGCUCUCUCUUGAGGAGACACCGGGCGAGCGCGGCACACCACCUGCCAGCUUGGCAAGCUGGCGCCGGAGAGACGUUGCAGACAGGCGAUGUGCGCGAGGAUUUCCUCUUUUCCAAUGCAUCAGCUGCGGGAAGAAUUCAAGGCUCAACGCGUUCCUUCUUCGUUCUUCUCUGCCUUUCUCGUUCGUCCGCGUCUUCUCUCUCUCCCGCGUCUGCAAUCGUCGCUGUUGUUCGCGUCGACUGACACUUCUCCGCUUCCCUCUCACUUUUCUUCUCUUCUUCGUUUCUCUCGGCCUUCCCCUCGUCCGCGUCCCCUUUUUCCUCCUGUCCUUGUCUCUCCCGGCCUUCCUGCCUCGCGCCGCUCGCUGCUCCGCCAGUCGUCGUCGCUGCGUGCCUUCUUCCAUCUUCGGCGUCGGCGCCUCACCUUGACGGCGGUCCACGCUCUCUCCCCAUGCCGCGCCGGAGAGGCGCGCGGCGCGCCGGCGACUCUUGCGCCGCAGCCGAGCUGAACGGUCUCGCAGGAGCAAGAGCGCAAACCGAGGAGGAAGCGAAGGAAGCUGAGGAAGAAGAAGAGAAGGCAAAGGACGCAGAGCGGGAGAAGGAGGACGAGGGAUCCCUCUCGCAUUCAACUCCCCUGCCUUUCUCGGUGUUCGCCGACGCACCGCCGACUCCAGAAGAGCAGACGCAAGUUCGAGAACUGGAAAAUGUGAUUGCAGACUUCUUGGCAGAGCGCGCGAGACUCCGGCAGCUCCGCGUCCCGCCCUCCGCCCCCCACUGCGCAGGUGGAUGUACACCUGGAGGGGUGGGCACCCUCGGUGUUGACCGAGAGAGCGAAAGAAGCUGCCAAGGGGAAGGCGGUGCAGAAGCCGGAAGAGGAGAAGAAGAAACAGAGGAAGGAGAAGAAAGAGAAAGGGUACAGAAGAGGAGGAGGUUGAGAGGGGGAGAGCCAGGGAGCGAGGAUGAGAGUGGAAACGAAGGAGCUGACGGGGAGAGAGGAAAAUCGAGCUUUCUGGUGAUUUAUGAUCCCCGAGAAAAAACACCAUUGAGAAUCAACACGGCACCCACUCAGUUCGACGACAAACCAACGACCAUCGAUCCCGAGAUCAAGAGGAAACUGGUGCGGCGGACCGUGAUGAUUCUUCUGUUUGCUGUGCCCUACGCGACGAAGUUGAACGACCUGCGGGACGUCAUUCUUGUGGAGCAGACAGUGAAGAAAGUCAAUUUACGCGCCAUCCUCAAGGAAGCGGCGCGGGUGCUCCGGACGCACUUGGGUCUUCUUCUACGGCGCAUCGGCGGCCCUCCGGGCAACUCCGGCAUGGACUGCUACUACCUCUCCCAGGGAGUCGCUCACGCGCGCCACAUCGAGAGCCUCACGACGGAGCGCGAACACCAGCUGCGGGGCUUCCUGCUCUUCCUCGUUCCGGGAUUUAUUGCGUGCAGAGGCUCUCUCCACGUGACAGAAUUGAAAGGCUACUUGACUGCCUGUGGCCGCUCGGACAUGAUUCGCGACUUCUCGGAGGCCGACCUCGCAGGUCUCGCUCUCCCAGAAAACCAAAAAGUCCUCGGCAAGUCUCUCAAAGAGUCCCCGCCGCGUUUGGAAACGCUCUGGGAUUUCCUCCUCGAGUGUCGCCUCUUGAAAUAUCUUUCCUUUGCCAGCGGCGCGUCGUCGGAUUCGAAUUCUCAGCAGCUGAGCUGCGUGAGGCCGACAUCCCGUCUCCGCGACGAGCUUUCUCUGGACAACUUCAGAAAAGAGUGCAGAGCCCACUGGAGCGUUCGCUUGCCUUCCGGCGACCUCUUCGGGUACCCAGAAGUCUCCAGUGAAGAAGAAGAAGCAUCUGAGGCAGGACCGGAGGCUGUCGCAGACUCAGACGACGCAUGAGGAGGCGCAGCACAUGCAGUCUAGAGGAAAUAAAGUGCAGGAAGGCAAGCGUGUGGCUGGGGCGAGGGUCGCCGCCAAUCUCGAGGUCUCCGGAAAGAAGAACCAGGGAGAUCCGCGCCUCCAGGGAGGUGCCCAGACAGCAGACGCUUCCAGACCGGGAUGCGCAUGCAUCGAGCGCCGAAGUUUUUUUUCUGUUCGGUGUCUGUUUUGGUGAGGAGGCAAACGAGGACUAAUGGUCUCAUGAAAAAGAG